AAUCGGAGGUUGGAGCGCAAAAAGCCAUAGUAUUUAUUCACAUCGUUUGCAGUUCGCAUCGUCAGACUUAUUUACCACAAAAACCAAAAUCAAAAUGAGUUCCGCUGAGUACUACCCUUUCAAGUGCACACCCACCGUCUACCCUGCGGAUCCCUUCGAUCCCGUCGAGGAUGCGGCCAUCCUGCGCAAGGCAAUGAAGGGCUUCGGCACCGACGAGAAGGCCAUCAUCGAGAUCCUGGCCAGGCGUGGCAUCGUCCAGCGUUUGGAGAUCGCCGAGGCCUUCAAGACCUCGUACGGCAAGGACCUGAUCUCGGACCUGAAGUCCGAGCUGGGUGGCAAGUUCGAGGAUGUGAUCAUGGCGCUGAUGACGCCACUGCCCCAGUUUUAUGCCCAGGAGCUGAACGACGCCAUCUCGGGUCUGGGAACCGACGAGGAGGCCAUCAUUGAGAUCCUCUGCACGUUGUCCAACUAUGGCAUCAAGACCAUUGCCCAGUUCUACGAGCAGAGCUUCGGCAAGCCCCUGGAAUCCGAUCUGAAGGGCGACACCAGUGGCCACUUCAAGCGACUGUGCGUAUCCUUGGUGCAGGGCAACAGGGACGAGAACCAGGGUGUGGAUGAGGCAGCGGCCAUCGCCGAUGCCCAGGCUCUCCACGACGCCGGCGAGGGACAGUGGGGCACCGACGAGUCCACCUUCAACUCGAUCCUGAUUACCCGCUCCUACCAGCAGCUGCGCCAGAUCUUCUUGGAGUACGAGAACCUGUCCGGCAACGACAUCGAGAAGGCCAUCAAAAGGGAGUUCAGCGGCUCCGUGGAGAAGGGUUUCUUGGCCAUCGUCAAGUGCUGCAAGUCUAAGAUCGAUUACUUCUCGGAGCGGCUCCACGACUCGAUGGCCGGCUUGGGCACCAAGGACAAAACUCUGAUCCGGAUCAUCGUGAGCCGCUCGGAGAUCGAUCUGGGUGACAUCAAGGAGGCAUUCCAGAACAAGUACGGCAAGAGCUUGGAGUCCUGGAUCAAGGGCGAUACAUCCGGCGAUUAUAAGCGUGCCCUAUUGGCUAUUGUUGGCUACUAAAAUAGAAAUCCCAAUCCGACAUAAACUUGUCUCUUUCAUCUGUUCCACGCCCUAAACUAUAUGCAUAACCAAAUGUACAAACGAAAUUCAGAUAUCGAAUAGUUGACAAUGUAUAAAUUUUAAACUGGAACAAGUUUUAGCGAAGACGAGGCCACUCAGUGCAUUUAAAGUCGUAGAAUCAGAAUCCCCAGUUCGCAUCCUGUUAAUUAUUAUAAUUAUUGUGACUAUUAUUAUUAUGACUAUGCACGCCACAUGCACAUAACUGUAUCUCUUUAUUUACUACACCUAAGCCUAUAUACAUUGCUAUGUAGCUUAUAAUUUCCGUUUUUUCGAGUCUCAUUUGAUAUAUAUUUACAUUUAAAAAACGCAACAAAAUAAAAAAUAUGACAAAAAAUAAAAACAAAA